ACUGCAUACGGAUGUCUAUAUAGACGUUAUCCAAUUAUUCCAAUGAAUCACACUUCAUGAAAUAGAAUAUCCUGUUUCUGAAAACUUUUCCAACUGCACAACAUACAACCUCCUGGGUGCCACAGGUCUCAAAUUGAAGGUUCAAUAUAUGGACAAGAGAACCUUGAUUGGGCUACGCACGGACCAUGCCCGAGUGAAGCUUGGCAUGACAUCUUCCAAGUUCAAACUGAACUGCAAAAAGCUCGAGGCUUAUCGAUCUUAUUAUAACUCAAAAUGUACUAUUACCGUGAACUGCAGUCAAAAUACGAAGACUGGUGACUGCCCAACCGCAACUCUACAUCAUAUAAUUAUAACUCAGUUUUCAACUUUACAGGGCCGAAACGGUGCUAGCACUACGUCUACUGGGAGAAGUGGGAAAGAAGACGAGGGCGAACAGCGUGGGGAACAGGGGUAUGAAAGCUUUAAGGAGGUUGUGAAGGAUGUUGAGGCGAUAGUUGAUGUGCUUUGGGUCAGUGGGACUCGUAUGUUUUCGACCCCCUUUUUAGCUCUCUGGUGUCUUGAACCAGACAGACUAAUAUUCUCCGAAAAAAAUAAAAUAAAAAUUGACGUGCUGGAAAAGUACUAAUUAGUCUACAGCGUCUCUUCAGAUACCCUACUUAAU